AUUAGAUUCCAAAUGUAUAUAUACAAGUGAUCCUCCCAGGCUUUUCUCAGAACUUAGAUAUCAUGCAGCAGCCAUUUAGUAGCUUCUUGUUUAAUAGGUAAAGAAGACUCAAGACAAUAUCAACAGCCAUGACUGACAAUAUGUCCUUUUGUCCAGCAAAUGCCACCAUUUGCAAUGGUGCAAAUUGUCUAUUGCCCCCUGACAACUAUAAUAAGAUUCUAAACACUGUAUUAAGUACAACAAUCACAAUAUUGUUGGCUCUUGUCAUGUUCUCCUUGGGCUGCAGUGUGGAGUUUAAGAAGUUUUGGGGUCACAUUAGAUGGCCAUGGGGCAUUAUAGUGGGGUUUCUUUGUCAGUUUGGAAUCAUGCCUAUUGCUGGUUUCGUGCUAUCACUUGUAUUUAAUGUCCAACCACUUCAAGCUAUUGUAAUUCUUAUAAUGGGAUGCUGUCCAGGAGGCACCGGUUCCAAUGUCUUGUCAUAUUGGGUGGAUGGAGACAUGGAUUUAAGCUUGAGUAUGACCACUUGUUCCACGUUGUUUGCACUUGGAAUGAUGCCUUUGUGCUUAUAUCUAUACACCAAAAAAUGGGUUGAUUCUAAUUCCAUCAUUAUACCAUACGAUACCAUCGGCAUUUCUUUGGUGACUCUAGUAGUUCCUGUUGGAGUUGGAAUACUUGUGAACUAUAAAUGGCCCAAACAAGCAAAGAUUAUAUUAAAGGUGGGGUCCAUUACAGGAGGCAUUCUCAUUGUGACCAUAGCUGUGAUUGGAGGAGUAUUAUACAAAGGAUCAUGGAUCAUAGAUCCAAAAUUGUGGAUAGUAGGAACUGUAUUUCCCGCUGUAGGAUUCACAAUUGGCUUUCUCCUAGCAGUCAUGGCCAAUUUAUCAUGGCAAAGGUGUCGCACUGUGGCGCUGGAAACUGGGAUGCAGAACACGCAGCUAUGUUCUACCAUUGUACAACUCUCAUUUACACCGGAACAAUUGGGACAGAUCUUCACAUUCCCAUUGAUAUACAGUAUUUUCCAAAUCCUGAUUGCCAUACUAUUUCUUAUAUGUUACCAAAUUUAUAAAAAGCUAUGCGGCAAAAAACUUGCAGUGGAUGAUUCACCAGUGUCGCCCUAUGCACAGACAAAUGAAGGAUUUAAUCUAGGUGAAAAGCCAAAUCUUGGUGAAAGCCAAGUAUGUGAGACUGAGAAAUAUCAGAUAAACUAAAAUACACCCGACACAACAUGGAUGAUGUGGAAAUUGGUUCCUGAAUGGGAUACCUCAUUUGUGUGUGAGAUCUAUUAUCAAUAUCUGACAAUGACUACUCAGUACUUGUAUAAUAUACAUGGAUCCUACAUGACAAUUAGAUGACAAGUGACUUAUUAUCAUAGGUGAAUACUGAAAAAUGAUGGUGGAUUUAGAAAAUUUUUAUUGUAAUAUUGGUAAACUAGUUUCUCGUCACACAAAAUUCUGUGCAACUGGAUCCAACACACAUAAGUAAUAGUUAUCUUGGCAAGAUUAAAUUGUCACUACUAAAGCCUAUGGAAACACAAACUGUAUACUCCCUGCUAUGAUUAAUCUCUGCCACCAAGCAUACGACUUCUUUAUUGCAUAUUGUCAU